CAGAACAGCAUCACGCUUCCUUACGACGGCAACAAUAAGAGCGGUCGCGCACCCAGCGCGACAUUACAUUUGCACUUCUGCCCAGCGAGCAAUAUGGUUGCCGUGCUUGCAUCAAACCACCAUGGAAAAGGGAGGGUCCGAGUCACGAAAGUGAUCAGGCGGGGUCCGGUACACUCAGUGCUGCAGUUCAAUGUUGAGAUUUUGUUGGAAGGGCCGACAAAUGCCGCCUUUACCGCGGCGGACAACUCGCUCAUCAUCCCGACGGACACACAAAAGAACACCGUGUACGUCCUGGCCAAGACCACCUCUUUCGAUUGCGCGGAGCAGUUCGCCGUCAUCGUUGCGAGACACUUCUUGGCGACAUACCCGGACCUCGUCCAUCGGUGCCGGGUGAUGGUUAAGGAGGACACUUGGAAGCGAGUACAGACGGCGGACAGCACCGGGAAGACGAGGGAGCACGACCACGCGUUCCUCAAGGCGGGGCCGCACUACCUGUUCGGCCGCAGCGAGGGCAUGCGGCAGCCCUGCGGGCGGAUAAGCAUCCGAGCCUUCGGUGGCGUCAAGGGCCUGACGCUCUUCAAGACCACCCAGUCGUCCUUCACAAACUUCCACAAGGACAACAACACCUCCCUGCCCGAGGUGGAAGACAGGCUGCUGGGCACGUGCAUGGACGGGGAGUGGGAGUACGACAUGCUGCGCUCGCCCGACUUCUCCGGGGACCGCGCGAAGAUCAUCGACGUCCUCGUGGAGCAGUUCGCCGGGCCGGCGGACAAGGGCGUCUACAGCCCGUCGGUGCAGGUGACCUGCUUCCAGAUGGGCUCCGCAGUGCUGGCCACCGUCCCCAGCGUCUCGGAGUGCACGUUCUACAUGCCGAACGUCCACAAUCUGCCCUUCGACCUCGCCAAGUACGGGCUGGUCAACGCCGACCAGACCGGGCUGCCGCACAUAUUUUACCCCGUCGACGAGCCGCACGGCAUCAUCCAGGCCACCAUGAAGCGCCCGUCGUCCAAGCUCUAGGGUGCGCUAAGGCACGAAGAAAAAUUGCGGUUGGAAGAUUGUCGGGAGCCGGCUACACAGGGGUGGUUUGAGGCGGCGCACUGAUUGUUCGUGCUGCAACGUAAGAUGCGCGUCGUUUUCUCACGGACGCGUGCGUGCGGGGAUCAAUUUAUUUUUCAUGGUGUACAUGCGAGGUCUUGUGACCCUUGUAUUUUGUUGUGCAUGGGUGGUGGGCGGCGUAGUCAUGUAUCACUACCGCUGCCGCGGUCAACAACGCAUGUAUGUUAUGGCGCCUCUUGCCUUGCUUCCGGGUGACAUUGUCCCUUGUGGUGAAGACCCUGCUCGCGGAGGCGUUGAAGUCCAUUCGACAAGAAUUCCACGUACUUUCGCCCCGCAUUUAGUACGUUUUGGAAGGUGUUCCCAUUUCUGGGAGGUGGUACUUGGGAUCGGCUUUUGCCGUCUCAGCGGGGUGUUGUUUCAUGGGCGAUUGGGGAUGGAUUCUCACCCCAAUGCGUUGUGAAGUCUGGUUUUGUCGGAAGCUACGUUUUUUCCUCUCCAUUUGGCCGAAUACUACGUGUUUGGGAUGGAACAACCAAGCACCAAUUUUUGAGGGAUCACUCGAUACCCACCACGUGGUAUGCCCCUUUGGUAGAUAAUAUUUGAUGAUGUCCAUGAGGACAUAUUUUCAGCGCUGACUUUACGCAGCAUAUUUGGAAAUCGAACUAAUGUGUCCGGAGCUUUUGGGCAGGCGAAAACAGACCACGGUCGAACCCCCACUCCUCGCCCUUCCGCGGGGGACUCCACGCACUCGACUCGAGUUCGGCGGUGUUUUGCCUUUUUCAAUGCCUGGUGCCUUUCCGUUGGCAGACGCGUGAUGAUGCGACAGAUAUGUAGUAAUACCCACUAGAGGAGAAAGCCAAGAUUUGUUCGUUCAGAAACAGGUCACGCCGUGUUUUUUUUUUCGUGCUUACAAGAUUUUGACUUUUCGCGUUUGGCCCUUCUCUGUCAUUUUGCAUAAAGAGAAUUUCGUGGUUCGAAUGCGGGGAGGGGGAGCGAGGAGCGUUCGGCCGGGAGAUACGUUUGUUUGUGUGCGGGACGAUCGAUAUCCAUUAGUCGCCAUCGGCCAGUUUUGAAUUCCGCACCCCGAUUGUAGUGCAUUCACGUUUUCCAGAUCUUCCAGCCCCCGGUAAGGGUGAAUGUGUAGAAGACGCUUAUUAUGGGCACGCACAGGCGUACUUCGAGGGUUCGACGAUGUUGAUAUGUAAGAUGCCUGAGUUUAGCUCCCCUUCCGGCCGAGAGAUGCACAAACACUCGUUGACAUUAUGGUGCUUCACACAUUAAAUUACACUUCUACGACUUUUUAAUGUUUCUCCUUACACCACGUGUACCUAGUGAAGCGGAGGCAGUUCGAACGGGUUCACGCCUGUUUGUUUUCUGUUACGUUUAUCGAUUGCAUGCCAACGGCCUCUUCUCCCAGGUUCGCCGCGCAACCUCGUCGCCGAGUCGCGCGUGCUGGACAUUGCACCAUAUGUGGUCCUCUUGGGCGGGCCAUGGUGUUUAAAAGGCUUCGGCCGAAACGCGCUGGCGGUCAAGAGCGCAUAACAAUGGGUCGCUUUUCGUUCAAGGAAAAAACAAGGCUUGUGAAGGAGCGGGGAAUUGGAACCAAGUCAUGUUUGAAAAUUCACGCUCUGCUGGCGAGAACCCCUCACUUUCGUCUCAACCCUCCUCGGGUUCGUCUAAUCUCUCGCUUGAAAGCGGCACCACCGUUGAGCAUGCCUUCUUAAGAAGCCCUGGUACUACUAGCAUGGGGUGUUGCGUCCUCCGCUGAGCGCUGUUUUUGGGCUUCUUUUUCCGCGGGAAGCAAGCUAUUUUUCUUUUGAAAUAGACACCCAGGAGAUAAGUGAUUGGUUUAGCUCCACGACAAAGACUAAUUUGAAUUCAUCUCACACCAGACGCUCCAAACUACGGUAAAUACUCCCAACAUACAUCCCCGGCGCCCACUGAAACAAAAUUAUUCGCGCGGCAACUGCUGCUUACACUACUGUGUAAUUUACUCCUAUCUCUUGUUUCUACUAUCGAUUUCGAAUAAAUGUGUAGAAGGUCGUCGAACAACGGGAAAACAUUUUCUUGAAUCAGUUCCGUCUUUCUUGACCCGAACCUCACACGAAUCGAAUACCGUAAAUGACACAAGAUAACACACCCCCUGGACCGAUUGCCAAAUAUCGAUUUCCCAACAACAGAAAACGUCACGGCGCCGAAAACGGCGGCGUUGGAACCGUCUUGUGGAGAGCUUUCCAAAAAUGUAUCGUUUCGUUUAUGCACCCUCUUCGUCGUGGAGCAAUCGAGCUUUGACAAUUGGGCCAGGGGGUGUGUUAUCUUGUGUCAUGUACGGUAGACGCAAGCCAAUCGCCAAAUCUAUUAUAGAUGGAAACAGAGCGGAGCAGUGAAUGGUCGUCUCGGGUGCCACAGGUCGCUUCGUAGAAAACGUCUCCCUCCAAUCAAGCCUCGCAUGCAUCGCACGAUCGCCCUUGAAACCUCCCUGUCGCCUUCUCCCAUCUUGACCGCCACCACCAACGCCCUGGUCGCUCAGUAGGGCCCUCCAUCAACUCGUGUGUUUCACCGACCCAAACCGGGGGGGGAGGUAACCGGCGACUCUCAUGGGCUUACCUUCAUCGGCGACUCAACAACACCGCGCGCGCGGGCCUCCACAGCGCGGCGCCUCAUUUGUGCUGGCCAGAAACGAUGCGUGCGAUGAUGUCUACCGUCUGCUCGGUGAAGUCUGCCACGGUCGCGCGGGACUGGAGGUUCCUCAGCGCUUCCGCCCAUUCGGAAUACUCUUCGGACCUUCCUUCCGCUUCACUUUCUUUCGGCAAGGCUCCGUGGCCGCCGUCACCUCCGCCGCCACCGCCG